AAAAAAAACGGAGUCGUUUACCGCGUGCGCUCCCGCGCCGUGUUCUGCGAUACGAUUGGAAAACUCUCAGUUUCAAUGAAAAUGGAGACUUUCAACAAGCUUCUGCUGGAGUAUCCUCAGUUAAUGUACAGCGGAGUCGGAGCUACGGCGUUUGUCGCCGGCGGAGCCCUGAUAUACAGAAUAGCCACCAGAAAGAAGCCCAGCCAUGCGAACGUUAACUGCUGGUUCUGCAACCAGAACACCGUGGUACCCUAUGGGAACAGGAACUGCUGGGACUGUCCCAAUUGUGACCAGUACAAUGGCUUCCAGGAGAAUGGAGAUUAUAACAAACCCAUCCCAGCUCAGUACAUGGAACACCUGAAUCACGGCAUAUCUGGAAGCCUUCCUUCAGCCGAGAUACCCAAGACUCUGCAGUGGGUCAACUGUCAGAUGCUUUUGUGUAGGAAGUGUAACAACAACCAGUCUGCAAAGAUCAAACAGUUGGCCUCAUACAUCCCGAGGGAUGAUGAAAACUACGAUGAAGAAAUUGAAGCCUACAAGCACCACCUGGAGCAGACGUUUAAGUUGUGCAGGCCCUGUCAGACGGCAGUGGAGUACUACAUUAAAUAUCAAAACCGCCAGCUGCGUACAGUUCUCCUAAACCAUCCGCAUCGACGCACUCGAGAAUCAGACACCGGUUUUGUAAAGAGCUCCCAGUCUUUCUCUUCUCCCACCGGGGUCAUAUUAUUACGGGCUCUUGCCUUCCUCAUAUGUGCUUUCCUAGUCGCUACAUCUGUCUGUGGAUUGCUGGACCAGAAUGCUUCGCCCAGUAACCCACAGACAUUAAGCGGAGGUGUCAUUCCCCCAAAGCCCGAACCCCACAAUGAAUCCGCUCCCAACAACAGUAGCAGUGGAGCCACACUUGUGUGGCAGGGUCUUCUGGAGCUGAUCCCGGACGGCGCCAAUGAAAACGCCAAGCUCGUGUUGCAGCAUGGAAGGGACAACCAGCUGGCCAUAGUCUCCGCUGGCCUGUUGACUUGUCUCACGGCCAUCUUCUUAGCAGGACCUAUGAGGUUGAGGAGAAUUGACGCCGUGGCCUCCGUUCUGUGGUUCGUCAUCCUGUGCCUCUACCUGGCUGAAAGCUAUUUGAACGCCACCCUGGAUUGGAUGGACACCGCAAAGCUCAUAACCAUCUCCCUCUGUUGCCUAGUCAGCUUUGCUGCUGCCGUGGCAACUCGCAAACCACUGGGUCCACGAAGAGCCAGAUAUCGAAGAUACCUCGCAGGCGGCUCCGCGGCCCCCCCGUUCAGCAGCCAGGCUCCUUUGCACUCCUCCGGCGCGGCGGAGGCCUUCGUCCCCACCCCGCCCCCCAACCUGUCCUGGCUCAUCAACCACCGUCACGGCCCCCGAGAGCGCAAGGCUUCCCCGUCCUCUCUGCCCGGGCGCCUCAGCAGGGCCCUCUGCCUGGGCACGAUCCCAUCCCUCACCAGGACAGAUUCUGGUUACCUGUUUAGUGGAAGCCGACCAGCCUCUCAGUACAAAGGUUCGACUUCCUCAGACUACUUUUCUCUAAAGUCCGGGAGCCGCCCGUCGUCCCCGGGCCCCUCUCCAACUCCUUCGGUCGCCGGCUCGGUCACGUCCAGUUCGAGUUCUGCCAGACUGCGGCGUCCCCUCAUCAGCCCGGCUCGCCUCAACAUCGGCGGCCAGAAGCUCCGGCUUUUCUCUACGGAGCGAGAAGCGACGUACGCAUCCCCGCCUGUGUCGCCCUCGCAUUUCCUGGUAGAGCCGACCCCCUCCAUUUACAGUGGCUGCUUUUCACCCGACACGUCGCCCUUCCAGAGUCAGAACGAUCUGAGUAACCUGUUAAGGGAUGGGAGUGUGAUUGAAGAGGAAGAGAAGCAGAGCAGCUCCUCGGAGUCCUCCGCGUGCAUAGUUGGCACCACAACGCUUCUUGGUGCAGAGGGCAUCGCUCCUGCAAAAGGUUUCACGAAGCGUCUCAUCUGGCCGGGGCUGCUGCUAACGAGCCUGACUGCUAACCUGUUGUGCGUCUCCUUCUACGUCUACCACAACUGGAGAUGAAACACUUUCCACCGAUGCUCUCUUGUGACCCGUACGCAGUCAUGGGGCCUCAGACAACACAGAGAUGGUGCUUAACGACAACUGUGCGGUGAAAUGAAAUGAGGGCCUUUUGAGUUUGUCACUGCUUGAGGAUGUUUUGGCUCUUUGUUUUGGUCGGCUCCUUGUCUUUUCUUUUACAUGAAGCCGGGAGGCGCAGCUGAUUUAAAGAUUUAAAGAGUCGAUUCUUGAACUGACGCUCGGUGGCUUUUUAAAACCCAUGCUGUGAAAUGUGCAAUAAACUCGUACUGUUAACCGUGCUGCUCAAAAGAUCGCAGAUCGCAAACAGUUUUGCGACUGUACCACCUCCGCCUACUGCUGAAUAAGUUUACCGGUUCUCCGCACUAGUCAGAAAUAUCAAGCAGCAUGUUUUGUUUGUGGUGUAUUUUUUGAAACGUGUACAGAUUUUGUAAUAUUGUAAUUUCACACAGCUGUAACUGGUAUCUCUCUUUUUUGUUAUAGUGUUGUAGUUUAAGGUCGGCACUCUUAAUAUUAUGUUCACUCACUACAGAAGUGAUUCCAAAAAAAAAAAUCUCUUUAUUUCCAGUCUGUAAUAUUAAAUCAUAGUUGUAAGGAGAAAGUUUUACUGCCAACUGAGCUGUGAACUAAUUUAUUCAACACCUCUUCUGUUUAGACCGACACCUCCAUUAUGACAAAUUGGAAAUAUUUUGCACUUCUGACUUGCAUUUUGAAUUGUUGUUUUGUGUAUUGAAACAGUUCCAUCUGAGAUGAAGAGCACAGACGUUUGAUUACUGGUCAUGUGUGCGUUGAACAUAAAGUUGUAAAUGUUUGACAUGUGUAA